AGAAAGCCUCCCUUUGGGCUCCUGGCUCAAAACUCUGUCCCCGCCCCUUCUGCUAAGGAGGCUGCCGAGUCCAGCCAAUCUGAAGAGGGCGAGGAGGGGGCGGCGCCCGAUUUGAAAUCUUUUCAAGGACCCGCAAAAAGAGGACUAGAUCUCCCAGCUGCAAGCGGCAGAGGUGAGUUUAAGGGGGGGGCUCUCUGGGGUCCGGCUGCAAUUGUUAUUAGCCAGGUGCAUGCAUGCAAAUAUCGGGGCAUCAUAGAGGCUCCCCCUUUGCACCCCAAAGCAGGAUGCGACGCGCCUUUCUUUGCAACGCGGAAUAAAUCGAGUCUUACAUUCCUGCAGGGCGUGGGCGAGCAAAAGCAUACAAACGAAUAAAAUACAAAACGAUCGGGAACAAGCUCGAGUACACAAAACAAAACGUAGACUGGGCUUUUCCCCGCGUUGCCAGGAAAGCAAAAUAUUUGGAAAUCGUUUUGCACGGCCACAGUAAAAAUGGAUAGCGCAUUGAUCCAUUAGCCAUUUAUCCUCGCGUGCUGUUUCUGUCUGAGUAUUUCUUGUUUUCAAAACAAAAUUUAAAAAAUCCUUCCAGUAGCACCUUAGAGACCGACUAACUUUUCAAGCCAGCGACCAGUGAUGCUUGGGAAUGCUAUACAGCUACAUAGUGUUUUGAACACAAGAAGAUCCUGCUGGAUCACGCCAGUGGCCCCCAUAGUCCAGCAUCUUGUUCUCACAGUGGCCAACGACCAGAUGCCUCUGCUGGGAAACCCACAAGCAGGAUUUGAACACAAGAGCCCUCUCCCCUCCUGUGACUUAUAGGAACUGGGAUUCAGAAGUAUUGCUGUCUCUGACCGCGGAGACAGAGCACAGCCACCCUGGCUAGUAGCCAUUCAUAGCCCUCCUCUCCUCCAUGAAUUUGUCCAAUCCUUUUUUAAAGCCAUCUACGUCAGCGGCCCUCACUGCCGCCUGUGGGAGGGAGUUCCACAGUUUACCCGUCUGUCCAACAUGCAUCUUGAAUAGCCAUGAGUUCUACUGUUAUGAGAGAGGGAGAAAAAAACUUCUCCAUCCACUCUCUCCAUGCCAUGCUUUACUUUUAAAAGCAUUUAUCACGUUGCCUUUUAACUCGGCUUUUCUCUAAACUAAAAAUCCCAAACGCUGCAACUUUUCCUCAUAAUGGAAUUGCUCCAUCAACCCCUUGAUCAAUCUGGUUGCCCUUUUCUAGACGCGCCUAGUUUUUGGAAGAGGAAAGCAAGGAAAAAAAUAUUCUGAAUCCCAGAAGCCAGGACAGCCAGUGGGAUCGCUGCACAGCGAUCCCGCUUGCUGUCCUGGCUUAUGAGAUAGCGGCACGCAGCCCCGCUGCUCCCUGAGCUGCUCUUUGGGGCUGGCGGGGGAUAGCCACACACAGCCUCUUCCGGGCAAGGGGAGGCUGCACAUAGCUAAUCCAGAAGCCAGGACAGCCCCAAAGAGCAGCUCAGGGAGCAGCAGGCAGGCUCUGCUCUGCCGGCACCCGGGGUUUCCCCCGCCAGCCCCAAAGAGCAGAUCAGGAGAGUGCCGCACUCUGGCAAUUUAGCUUCAGGGACCACACAUUUGCUCCAUAAGACGUACAGUUUUUAAGAGGAAAAAAGUGUGUCUUAUGGAGCGAAAAAUAUGGUAAAUCUCCUGAUGGGAAUUUGACUGAUCCCUCUUGAGUAAUCCAGGUGGUUAGCAACUGACACUAAAUGCCUGCCUUUGUUCUCCCCUCCCCUCCCUGUAACCCUUUUGUGAUCUUAUGGACUAGAAACCUGAGUGGGCUUAUUUACAAUACUUUGCUUAGGGGAGCCCAGCACAAGGAAAGGGAAGAUGGCAUCUGUGUUCCAGAGUGUGGUGGGGUCCGCCGUCGGCUGGCGAAAUCACGAGAUCCUGCCUGACCUAGAGGAGAGUCCGCUUCCAGACAGGUUCAGGAAGAAGUCUUCUCGCAACCUGACGUCCAUGCGGAUGUCUCUGCGGAAGCGGAUGCCUUUAAAAGAAAUGGAGGUGAACAUUGACGAGAAUCCAACAUGGGAGAGCCUGGAGGCCAAGGAGAAAAGACAGAACCUACGGACUCUUACGAGGACAGCUAAGAACGCCUUUGGGACAGUGUCGCAGGUAUGGGUGGCUGCAAUGGGCAGGUAUUCAAAGAAGUUCAGAUCCAGCUACUGGAAUGCUAAUUUGGCUUCCUAGAAGUGGUUUACAAAAAAAGAUAAAACAAUGACAUUAUCACUAAAGCAAUAUUGGUGACGAUAAUGUAAGACUAUUGAAACUGCCUUAAAUACUUUUUUUUCCCAUUUCAGAAAAUCCAGAAAAGCUGUCAAGGCCCCACACGGUCGCUAGUCUCCUCCUGGAACAAAGCUUCUGUGGGUGGCAGCAGCAGGGGCUCUGCCAAAACCCAAAGCAGGCCGCCCCGGACCCCUCGCCGCAAGAGCAACAGGCUUGCCGCUGUCUCGACCCCGACAUCUGACACCAGGAUUGUGUCCCCAUCCGGCAAGAGAUCCCCCUUUCAGCCUGGCUCCUGCCGGCUUAAAAAAGAGCUCCUCCCUCUCCGGAGAUCCAUGAGGGCUGCAGCCUUGAGAAGCCCAUACGGUUCUCCUGCAUCUGUCCGACAAAGGAGGCAAGUGGAAGAGAAGUCUGCUGCUUGCUGAGCUAGUUUGCCAGCAAAGGCUUAGGAGGAAGGAAUGGAGGCUUGGAGCCUUUCUUAUUUUCAGGCUCAAAAGGUGUUUCCAGUGAGGCUGAUGUUUUGAUCGAUCAGCUCUGUGGCUGGGCAUCUCUCCUGCAUGCCAAAGUUCCUGGUUACAGAUCUUGGCCCCUCCAUGUAAAUUGCAGGCUGAGGGAAACCUCUUCUUUGCUUGGAAAUAUAAGGCCACUCCAUAUAUGAGAUCUAUGUCAGCCUUUCCAGCAAAGAGGGGUAUACCUUUUUCUGCCCAAGGGCCACUUUUCUCUCUGGAGAAACCUUCUGGGGGCCACAUAGCAAUUGUGGGCAGGGCCAGAGGUAAUUCCUGGGAUUGCGAUGUUUCCUGAGGUCAAGGAGCAGGGUUUUCUUCUGUGUUUGGAUAAAGAUGGACGCCAUUUUGAUUCAAGAUGGUGGACUGAUCCUUUCAAAACGGCAGUGGCUUUGAACUCCUGAGCAAUGAGGCUGCUUGUAUUGAAUAAGAAUAAUAGAUUUAGAACAUAAGAGCCUUCUAGAUCAGGCCAAUGGCCCAUCUAGUCCAGGGAGGAAGUUCCAUAGUAUGCAUUAACUGUAUGCAUCAACUGGUUUAAUGCUGAAUUUUAAAUUGUUGUAACCCACUCUGACACCUGCUGAUGAAAGGUGGGGGAUAAAUUUAAUUAACCAUGACAACAACAAUAAUAAUAAUAAUAGACAGAGCAAAAGAUGUUACUCUUAUCCUUGCAGAGUAGGCUACAUUCCUGCCACGGAGGACUCGUGAGUUUUCUGUACAUACACAGCCUCUCUCUCUCUCUCUCCCUUCCUUCCUCUUCUGUUUCAUCCAUUCAAAGGAAUGUCUGUUGUGUUCUGCGGAGGCUACUCCUGCUGAUGGUCCUUGCCUGAAUUCCCCCAUAGCGCUAAUCCUAGUGGCUCAAGCUGGCUUAAGAGAGGUCAGUUUGAAGUGCUCUAUAGAUAAAUCUAUACGUUUUGGAAAGUUGCUUUCCUGCCCGCUGUGCCUUUGCACACCUCUGAUGAUAUCAUCAAUGCUUCUUGAGAUCAAAGAGCAGGGCUUUCAUCUGUAUUUUGGAUACAAUUGAGUGCCCAUCUUAAUUCAAGAUGGCAGACUGGAACCUUUCAAAACUACACUGACUUUAUGGUUUCUUGGUAUUCCCAAGCUAUGAGGCCGCUAGAAUUAAAUAAAUAAUAAUGGACCGGGCUAGGAAGAAGUCCCCAGUCUCUUGCUCAAGACCCGAUUCAUGACCCUCCUUCGUUCUCUCUCCAUUGCAGACAAUUUGAUUGCAACCUGGAGCUGGUCUCCACCGGCAUUCGCCAGUUGAAGCGUCUCUCUCGGGCCUUCAACGACAUCAUUGUCCAAGAAGAGAGGUGAGCCCGUUGUGUCGGGUGGGGCUUCUUCCUCCCACUGGCCAGGCUACUUGCCUGCUAUUUAGGGCGGGGCUGUAGUUGCCUUGACUCUGGCCUGUGGCGGGGAGUGCAUUACUUGAAGGGUGCCUAUGUUCCAAUCCUCCUGGUCAAAUGUGCUUUUGCAGAUGGAGGGUAUUUAUUUCUUCAGUGAGAAAUUACCCCUUAGUUGUUGUUUUUUAAAGUCUCUAAGUGGUUUACAUAAGAGUAUGCAACAGUCAUAAAAAAACCCCCACAUGAUUGAAAACAGGCUUUAAAGACAGCAGACAAUAACAUUAUCAAUAUGUUUUUAUGGGCACCCAAAGCAGUAGGUUGUAUUCUACUUGGAAUAAACUCGCUUAAAUGAUCAGACCUAAGCUGAGGAUUGGACUAGGAGAGCCUCUGUAUCCCUUCCAACUCUGCAAUUCGAUGAUGCUAGGCUUGUCAGUUAAUUUCAAUGAUUCUACUCUGAGUAGGACUGAUACAGCCGACUGCAACAAAGAUGCCUGCUUAGGGGUGGCAACUCCUUGCCAAUUAUCAUUAUCUGCACCAAACAUUUAAAGCAGUAUUGCCAUGGCUUCCCCCCAAAAGUCCUGGGAACUAUAGUUUGCUGAGGGUGCUGGGUGGCCUCCAAUCCCCUCCCAGAGUGCUACAAUUCCCAGAGUUCCCUGGGAAGAGAGAUUUACCACUUUGGGAACUGUAGUUCUGGGAGAGGAAUAGAGGCUUCUCAACACCCUCAACAAACUACAGUUCCCAGGCUUCUUUGGGGCUGUUCCCUGGGAAGAGGGAUUUACUGUUAGACCACUCCGGGAAUUGUAGCUCUGCGAGAGGAACAGGGGUUUCCUGGCAGCAACCUCAGCAACAGGGUUGGGGGUUCUUCCAGACCCUUCAAAAUUCAUUGUAAGACACCUAAGGAUGGAAGUAAACGUCAGAAGGAGCUGGUGAAAAAUGGCUCUGCUGCUUUUACAAGCACACUCCACUCUAUAAUUAUUUAGCAUUUAUAUUUUUCCAUGUAUGAACAUAUGGAGGGCACUCCAUGUUGGUUACCCUGCAUUCAGGUCCUUGGUUAUCAAAUGCUGCUCAAUCCCCUUUUUAAACUUUUUUUUUCCCAUUUAGAGUUGGUGUUGUUGCUUUUUAAGCUGGAUGGCACACCUACCAGGGAUGUUGUUGCCAUAGAUAUUUCCUUCCUGCACUUGCCGGGAGCUGGAGGACUGGGUGACCUUUCUGGCCCUGUCCAAGCCCACAACUCUAUGAUUUUGUUCCUUGCCAAUCCAGAGGAAUGGAAAGAAGGUUGUGGCAAUGGGGGUGGCUGGCAGGUGGUGGCGCUCAGGAGCGUGGCUCUUAUCUUCCUGUCCUGAGAUAUUCUAGAGGGCAGCCUGUUGCUGACCAAGGCUCUAGCGGCAUCAAAAUGGAACCACCUAUGAGCCAGUUGAAAAUCUCAUACCUUUUCAGCUUGUAAACCCUUUGUUCCUAAUAUUCUCUCCAUCUACUAGCGAUAUGAGAGAUUCUCUCAUUUCUAACUGAAGAGAAAAAAAACAAACACCCAGGUAAAAAUGUGCUCUUUUUGUUUUGCUUGGAAUAUUCUCUAACACACCCGUUUCCUGCAUGAAGAACACCAGCUUUUUAAAGAUAUAUGUGCAUGCCAAAUUAAAGCCCUCUUCAGAACCUUUACCCCCUGGUUUUCUAUGACAGCUACCCCCUGAAUAAUACUAGCCUUCCUUAUGUGUUUGCAGAUGGUUUGGGUGGGUACAUGGGUGUCAAGCAGUUUAGCCAGGAAAAGCCAGUGCAUUUCUUCUGGGUUACAUCUACAGAAGUCUAAUGUCCAGUUCAUGGGAAGUUAUGGUACUGCUCUAUUCUGCCUUAGUCAGACCCCCACCUGGAGUUGUGGGUCCAGCUCUGGGCACUCCAAUUUAAGAAGGAUAUUGGAAAGCUGGAAGGUGUGCAGAGGAGGGCAACCAAGACGAUUAAGGGCUUGGAAACCAUGCCUUAUGAGGAACGGUUGAGGGAGUUGGGGAUGUUUAGCCUGGAGAAGAGGAGACCGAGAGGUCAUAUGAUAGCUACCUUCAAAUAUCUGAAGGGCUGUCCCAUGGAAGAUGGAGUGGGCUUAUUUUCUGCUGCUCCGAAGGGUAGGGCUCACAUUACAAGAAAGGAUAUUCCAGCUGAACAUCAGGAAGAACUUUCUGACAGCAAGAGCUGUUCGACAGGUGGUGGACUCUCCUUCCUAGGUUUUUAAGCAGAGGUUGGAUGGGCAUCUGUCAUGGGCGAUUUAUUGUAGUUGAGAUUUCUGCAUUGCAGAGGGUUGGGCUGAAUGAUGCUUGGGGUCCCUUCUGACUUCUGUGAUUCUAUAAAAUGACAAGGAAGGAUAAUCCGACUAAACAUUAGGAAGAACUUUCUGAUGGUAAGAGCUGUUCGACAGUGGAACAGACUCCCUGGGAAGGUGAUGGACUCUCCUCCCUUGGAGGUUUUUAAACAGAUUUAAAGUGCCUGGCCAGCGCUUUCUUGAUCUCCUGGGGCAGAAGAUAUAGAAGCAUGAUUAGUCACACCAACAGGGUAAAGAACAGCUUCUAUCCAUGGGCUGUUAGGCUGCUGAAUGAAAAGAUAACAACAGGGCAACUGACUUUCGGGUUUGGUGGGUAUCCGUCAGUAAACGAAGGGAAUUAAGACUAAGAGAGCUGAGUGGGGGGUGCUCGAGUAAUCUCACUGUAUACAAGUUGUACAAGUGACAAUAAAGUAUUUCAAUAUCUGCCAUGGAAGAGACUCCUGCAUCCCUUCCAACUCUACGAUUCUGUGAAAUAUGGCGCUGCAUCACCAACUGUGGCCUGCCCUCAGUCAGCCCUCACUGGCUUGCCUUCUAACUUACAACCAACCAACCCAGGGUGUUGACAGCCCUGGCUGUCAGCUUCCAUCCACACCAAACAUUUAAUGUGCUAACAAUGCUCCUUUAAUGUUUGACAUUUUACUGUGAUGUUUUAAUUUGCUGGCAGCUGCCCAGGGUGGCUGUGGCAGCCCAGUCAGAUAGGCGGCAUCUAUUCCUUGGGAUGUGUCUGCCCUGUCUUCACCGAUCUAACUUGGAAGUCCUUUGACGUGAGAUGACCGUAACACACUUUUCUCCUUCUCUGCAGAGAUCAAGCCAUUGUCAACUACUACCAGGUGAUGGCGCAGAACUUGCGGGCUGCCCAAGUGCGGUCCCGAAACCUCUCCCAGUCUUCGCUCAGGAGGCAGGUGGCCAAACUGCGCUGGGAGCUCAGCAGCUGGGCUGAGAAUAACUUUAAAUAGUAUUAAUCUUCGAGAAUAUGAAGGGUGUGUUUGUGUGUGUGUGUGUUUAUCUUACUUUUUUAAAAUAGUGUUUUUUGUAUUAUACUCUGAAUAAGCUUGUGUUUAAAAAAAAUGCACACUAAUUUUUGUAACGUCUCAGUGAAACUACAUGGGUUUUUCUUCCUAUAUAUGUGAACGUCUCUGCUAAAACUGAUCCUAUUUAUGGCAUUAAGUCAAGCUUAACCAACCUGAAUUCUAUCUCUCUUUUAUUUGAAGGCUGAGGUGUAAGUGUAUCAAUGAAUAAAAGGAAAUAAAGCUACAAUGCUGGCCUGCUUAAUCGCUGGAAAGUAGGGAUGAAGGAUGUUGUGGUUCCUUCCAGAUGCUGCUGAACUACAACUCCCAGCAGCCAGCACUGCCAGUGAUGAGGAAUGAUGGGAGUUGGAGUCCAGUGACAUCAGUAGGGCAGCAGGUUGGCAAAGGCUCAUCUAAGCCCUGCUUUAGCUUUUUAUAUUAGGAAGACUUUACCAUCUCAUUUUUAAUUGUUCCCUGUUUGGGCCUAUGUGUGUCAUUCAGCACUCUAUUAAAAGCACCAGCCAAAGUUAGCUGGGAGUGUCCGGG